AACAACGUUACCUUCCGACACUUUUAGGACGUAUAUAUUAAACACAUGUGGGGACGAAUAUCUUUCUUUUCAUGAUAUUUAAUACAGUCUACCUGUUUUUUUCUGUGACCGGUUUAUGAAAAGAGAAUGGGAAGAUAAUCUCGUUAAAUCAUUUCCGGGGUUUUCGUGUUCAGCAAAUAGUUUUUGACAAUUCUUUUGAGGAAGCCGUUGUUCUGUUUUUCCUAUUAUGUUGCGGCACCUCUCUACCAGAUGCUGCAUUUCGCUUUUGAAAAGGACUUUUUUGACAUCCGCAAACAAACCAGCCUUUGGUGUUAAACCUUACAGAGGGUCCUUCCUGGUCAGACACAUCUGUGCAGGUAAACCUUUGAGGAAAGAUGGCCUCGGAACUAAAGAAGAUCCAUCAGAGAUAAAAGAAGCUCUUGAUCUAGACAAAUGGAAAUCUGUAAUGAGAUCCCAGGCUACAUUCCAGGAGCAAAGACAAACCCGGGAAGAGGAAACAAGUGAGGAGGAUGGUGGUCUGGAAGAUGAAGGUGAUGAUAUAAAGGGCAGUUCCUCAUUGGAGGCAACCCGUGAACUGGUGUCUAUGUGGCGUCAAGCUGGGAAGCUUGUACCUCAGGAAAUGACAGAGGAGGAGGUGAGGACGCUUGCAGAUCUCACCACCAAGUCUUCCAGAAAAAAGUACCUGAAAUACCUGGCCAUCAAGGAGGGACAUAAACUAGCCCGGAAGGAGAAGCAGCUGAAGAAGAAGGCUGACAGAGCAGCCAUGAUGGAGAGCAGUGGUGAUGGAGAAGGGGAUCGUACUCUGAAAAACACCAUGUUUCUCCAGUACUGGGAUCGCUCCCUGGACAAACUGAUGGCCUGGAGAACUGCCCAGGCCAUGAUGUUCGGUCAACCAAUUGUGUUUGAUAUGAGCUACGAGUCCAACAUGUCUAGAAGGGAGAUAGAGAACACCGUCUCCCAGCUGAUGGAAGUGGAAGGGUGGAACCGACGUGCAGCCGAGCCGUUUCACCUACAUUUUUGUAACCUUCACCCUGAUGGGUUCUACAAGACAGAGCUGCUGAAACGAUAUAGUGAAGAGACCUGGGAGCGCCUGCUCAUCACCAGCACUGAGCAGCAUUAUAUUAAGCUGUUUCCCAGGGAACAGCUGGUUUACCUCACUGCUGACUCCCCCAAUGUCCUCCGCAGCUUUGACCACUCCAAGGUCUACAUCAUUGGUGCCUUGGUGGAUAGGUCCAUCCAGUCUGGAUUGUCUCUGGCCAACGCAAAGCGCCUAAAUCUAGCAACGGCUCGCUUACCUCUUGAUGAGUUUCUUCACUGGGACAUGGGAGCCAAAAAUCUGACUCUGGACCAGAUGAUUCGCAUCAUGCUGACUGUCAAAGAUACAGGGAAAUGGGUAGAGGCCUUAAAGUUUGUGCCGACGCGGAAACACGACGGCUUCUAUCAAAGGCAGCCGCAGGCAGAGGAAUCAAAUAACAGACCCAGAACUGGAAAUAAACAGAAAGUGUAUGGGAAUGUGUCCCUGAGAUCUGAAGCGAAACACACUGGGAGAACAUUUAAGAGCCAGGAAAUCUACAAAUCCAAUACUGACAGAAUGAUUGAAGCAAAUGGCGCCAGAAAAGGAUCGGAUGGGGCAACAAAAAUACGCACGUCGCUCAAAAGCCAGAUGGAAGCAAGAAAAAAUACAGACAAGUCCAGGAUCUGGUGGCAUGAUGAGUGACAGGAUAACUAGAUAACAAAGGACAAUGUAUCAAAAUCAACAUGGAAGGUGGUAAAGAAACUUUUCACUGUGUACAAAUGACAAAAAUAUCUUUUAUUAA